CCAAUUUUAGACCAGAUCUCAGACUUCACGGCGAUAGAACUUGUUUGAGCAUUUUCAAAGGUGCAAGAUGGCAUUCUUCCAGAGAUUCCUUGAUAAAAUAACUAAAGAUGACAGCACCAAGGGUAAUAAAGGUGGUUCUGCUGAGACGGCAUACUUUGGAACAGUCAAGGCUGAUCCUAACUUUAAUGCCCAAGACGAUGCUGCAAAAUUAAAGAAAGCCAUUGAGACCAAAGGUGUGGAUGAAGCCACUAUUGUGGAGGUGCUGGCGAAGAGGAGCAAUGCACAGAGACAACAGAUAAAAGCAGCUUAUCAGCAGAGUGCUGGAAAGUCGCUGGCAGAUGAUUUGAAAAAGGCUCUGAAGUCCUAUUUUGAGGAGGUGGUCCUGGCCUUGUUGAUGACACAACCUGAGUAUGAUGCUUUUGAAAUGAAAAGAGCCAUGAAGAAUUUUGGAACAAAUGAGGCACUCUUAAGUGAAAUUCUGGGAACCAGGUCAAACAAGGAGAUCACAGCAAUGAAGAAUUCUUUUAAAGAAGUGUAUGGAAAGAUGCUGGAGGAAGAUAUUAAAAGUGAAACUAGUGGACAUCUCGAGACUGCUCUGCUUGCCCUUUGCAAGGCUACCAGGAGUGAGGACCAAAACAUUGACGAUGGCCUUGCAAAGAGUGAUGCAAAGGCUCUCUUUGAAGCGGGAGAACAUCGUGUUGGCACUGUGUGCUCUGUCCUGAUUGACAUCCUGACAUCCAAGAGUGAAGCUCAGUUGUGCAAAAUUUUCAAGUAUUACGGCCAAUACAGUAAGCAGAAUUUUGCUAAAGCCCUGGAGGGUGAGCUGCAUGGAAGCCUUGAAGACUGUCUAAUGACCCUAGUGAAAUCUGCCUGGAAUAAACCUGCCUUCUUUGCAGAAAAGCUCCAUCUGGCUAUGAAGGGAUUAGGAACCGACACUCACACACUGACCAGAAUCAUUGUAAGCCGUUCAGAAAUUGACCUGCUGAAAAUCAUUCAUGAGUACAAGAGGAUGUAUGGCAAAACCCUUCAGGAAGACAUUCUGAAGGAAACUAGUGGAGACUAUGAGAAGAUUCUGCUGACUCUCUGUGGAAAUUCGUGAACUAGAUCACAUAAAAACACCUUUCGGUUCUUCAAAUGGAUGUUGAAUGUGAACCCAACUGAAUCCCCAUGGUGUGCUUCAUGAAAAGUGUUUCAUAAGAAAAAUAUGUCAGUCACUGUGCAAUUUUAGUGUAAACCUACAAUAUAGUAUUGCUGGCUUUUAGUCGCUGUACUUUCACAAUAAUUUUUCACAGUAGAAGUUUCACAGUUUUUUACAUGGCAACUAUUUACUACUAUUUUAUUGUAACAAAUUCCUAUUAAAUCUUAGAAAA